CACUGGGAGGACCGGGAACACACAGCUACAGGCAAGGAUCUCAGGACUCCUCUGAGUGCUGGGACUCUUCAAGGACUGACCGAGCGUCUACUGGAGAGAGCGACCCACCGACAACAAAAAGGACAUGAAGACACGAUGGCACCACCUCCGGAAGAGAAAUAUUUAUACCUAGCUAUAUAUAUUAUAACUCUUCUGACAGGCUUUCCAGCCAACCUUCUUGCACUUCAUGCCUUCAUUCGUAAACUGCGUGUUAAGGCCACGCCAAACGCAAUUCUUCUCUUCAACCUGACUAUAUCAGACUUGUCAUUCUUGGUUUUCUUGCCUUUCAAGGUAACAGAAAUCUUACAAGGCCAAUGGACAAUGCCAUCAUUCCUCUGCCCGCUCAGUGGACUAUUCUACUUCAGCACCAUCUACUCCAGCACCUUGUUCCUCACAGCUGUCAGUGUAGAACGGUACCUUGGCGUAGCCUUUCCACUCAAGUACAAACUCUACCGCAAGCCCAGCUAUGCGGCCGCCGUCAGUGGUUUUCUGUGGAUCUGCUCGUUUGCCCAUUGUAGCAUCGUCUAUAUCACCGAGUACCACCAGACUUCCAAUGCCAGCAACAGACUCAUCUGCUAUGACAACUUCACCAAAGAGCAGAUGGAAGUUCUGCUCCCGUUCCGUCUUGAGUUGGGACUCCUCUUGUUCUGCUUGCCUUUCCUCAUCACCUGUUUCUGUUAUGUUAGUUUCAUCAAGAUCCUCGUAUCUUCAACGCACAUCCACCGCGAGAAGAAGCAACGAGCCAUUGGGCUGGUCCUUACCACCCUGAGUGUGUUUGCUGUGUGUUUUGCCCCCUACAACGUCUCUCAUGUGGUGGGAUUUUUUCAGAAGAAGAACCUCAAGUGGAGAGAGAAGGCCUUGCUUCUGAGCACGUUUAAUGCUAGCUUGGACCCCGUCAUCUUCUACUUCUCCUCCACCGCUGUCCAGAACUCAUGCAAGUGCUGCUUGAUUAAACUAAACAUUUGCCACCCUAGGCCAGCUCCACAUAAAAUCAUGAACCAGCAGAGCAUUAAAAUGGAAAAACCACAACUUUCUGAAAGCCAGAUAUAUAGUUCCAGAGGUUAACCUUUACCUUAUUUAUUUGUUUAGUGACGCUAACAUGCGUUUAUCUACUUUUCACAGAGUUACAUUGUAACACUGCUAUGUUUACAGUGCCUACAGCCUUUGGAAGUGGUGGCUCCUAAACUGUCUAGGAACAUAGGGCCAGAUUCACAAAAGAGAUACGGCGGCGUAUCUCCUGAUACGCCGUCGUAUCUCUGUGUUAGG